AUGCAUUUUUCAGUGGUUAUGAGCCUAUUUGUCUUUGUGACUCAGUUUUCAUCACUGGUUGAAACCAAGUUCUACCAGCCGUUCCAGUUUCACCAAUAUAAACCUGGGAUCAGCCAACACUACAGCCAAGGGAAACCCACCAGCAGACACAAGAACCACUGUGCCUACGUCGUAGAAAAGACAGUGUCCUUCACCGUGGAGGAUGGAGCAGCCCCGUAUGUAAAAGCAGAGUACAACAAGUGUUCCUUGGGCCAAAAAUGCCCAGCUCUCUUGUAUCGCCUGAUGUACAAGCCACUUUACAAGGUGGCACAUAAAACCAUCACAGAGUUGGAGUGGCGUUGUUGUCCUGGGUACUCUGGUUAUGACUGUAUGGAGGGACAUCCAGUUUACCAACACUCCAUGAAAAUGAUGCCACCAUUCAAGGGCCCACCGAUGAAAGGCCCCCAGUUUAAGGGGCCACCAAACAAUGGCCCAGUGUUCAAGGGCCCACCUAUUAAUACUGCUGUGAAAGCCAACCCAUGGAGUCAUCCCAAAAGACCUCCUACUGGUAGUUUUAACCCCCACCCAAUGCAUCACUUUGGGCCUCUGAGGUCCUCCUCCUACCCAGACACCUCCUUCCAGCCUUAUCCAGAGCCGGAGACAGCUCCAGAACAUGAAGAGCCACAUUACACGGAGAACAACCAUGAACAUGAACAUGAGAAUGGCCAAACACCUGAGGAAUUUAUACCUGAGGAAAUCCCUCCUCCUCCCCCCUCUAGUGGUGAACAGCCUGUGGGGGAGAACACAGGCCAUGCUCUCAACAGUGAGACAGAGGAGAGGAUACAUCAUAUGGAGGAGGAUGUGCGGCGUCUAAACCAAGGUCUGGAGACUUUGAGGGUGACUGUGAAUGGGCUGGAGGAAAGCCUGCGAGCCUCACUAAGAGAGGAUGCAAACAGGAUGCUGUCAGCUUUGCUCUCGGCUGCCCCUGGUCCUGUUCCCCCUCCAGCCGUAGCCUCUCAUCCAUCCACUGUUGGGUUUGCAGAAAUUCCUGGGGGAGACCUUGACACAGAUGGUCUAGAUGGCAGACAUGUUUUUCCAGGCCUCAUACAACUGAAUGAAAAGGUAGAAGAGCUUAGGACAAAGCUGCAAGCCAAGACAGACGAGCUGCAGGAACUCAAAGCAACAGUGAUGGGACAUGAUGGAGCACUGAAGACGAUUUCUAAUACAACAAGUAAUAGAAAUCCUCUGGUAUCAAGCCCCACUGGCAAGCUUGGGGACAAUUUGGAGAAAGUAAUGGAUGCCAAAUUAAGUGUAGCCAGGGCAGAAAUUCUUGGUGGGUUUGAGAAACGUGUGGAGAGCGCAGAGGACCGAUGCGAGGAGAAAGCUGGAGAUAUGCGUCGUCGGUGCAAGGAAGAGCAAAGUGAGCGGCAGGAGCAGAUGGAGGAUGCUCUGCAGGAAAGUACCAUCAACUUGAGAACAGAGCUGAGAAACCUCCAAGCACAGAUCCAUGAUUUUAAUGGUACAGAAAGCUGCUGUGAGAGGAUGAGUGGAGUUAUUGAAAGAUUGCAGCUGCUGGAAACAUCAAUGGCAGGUCUCAACCAGUCCCAGGAGCACCUGAGAGUGGAACUGGGUGGACACAAGGACCACAUAGAAGGAAUGCUGGAGGGACGUCUGGCAUAUGUAGAGGCCAAACUCAACCUGACUAAAAGUGAUCUCCUAGACAAAGGUGUGACAGGGCAAGCUUUGGAGGCCAAAAUGGAGGUUAAGUUAAGGGAUCUGGAGUGCCGUUUACUGACAGCUUUGGAAGAGCUCGGUAAUGCCACUGCUCUGGAGGGUCAUGUUGUUCCCACUCUGGAGACAGAGCUGGAGUCACUCCGAGGGAGACUCGAGGUGGAUGUGGACAGAAUGCAAAAGCACCUCAACAGCUUGGAGACUCUCUGCACCUCUUCAUGUACCUCACCGCAAAAAUCUGCCAUCCAGGAAGACUCUGCUGCGCCAAGUGAAAACCUGGCUUUGGAGCAGAAUGUGAACGAGGUACUGGAUAUGCAAGGUGACCGUUUGAAUAGACUCAACAUUACAUUGCAGAACAUCCUAAACCGUUUGACCCACAGGGAGCAGCAGGAGCAAGCAGAGGAUGAUUCUUUUAUCCAUGGAGAGCUAACAGUCCUCAGGUUCAAUGUGCGUUCAGUUAACCACACCCUGAGAAGCCUCCAGGAUUCCCUGGAAACAGUGGUCCACCAGGUUGGUGAAUCCAACAGCUCUUGGCAUGAAAGAGAGACUCGUCUGGCCCAGCAAAUAAAAGGUGUGGUCCAGCUGGUUGGACAUCAGGCUUCCAUGCUUGGAGCAGGUGAACGCAGACUGACCCGGCUCAAAGGUGAGCUGCAGGAGAUGAAGAGGCGGCUAGCUGAAGAGGUACGGGGGUGCCGGAAAUCAGCUAUGGUGGUCCAGAAAGAGGUAACUGAGGUUGGUGGGCGUGUUUCCAGCGUAGAGGACCAGUGUAAGGGCUUAAACUACUUGGCAGAGGACCUGGAGAGAAUCAGGGAAGAGCUGGAGAGACAGUCAAAUGGUCUUCUCCUGCAAGUCAGUGGGACUCUCUCCAGCCAUGCUCAGCAGCUGUCUGAGCUGAAAGGCGAACUGAAAAACUGCACCUCCAAAGCAGAGCCAACACAACAGAGUUUAGAGGCAGCAGUGAGACGAGGGGAUACCUUCACUCUGAAUUAGUUUACUUAAUAUGGACAAUCAACUUUAAAACAAUGAAGAGUAAAUAUUUUUGCAGGUGUAGAGGGGUUCCACUAAGCCCAUUAUUAUACAGUUUCUGCAAUGCAAAGGUUUUUGAACCUGCACUGAAAUGCUGUAAGGAUGUUUUGUUAGCUUACAAUAUGAAAAGAAACCAAAAGGCAGCUAACUGCAACUGCAUUCACAACUGAAUCUUGAAAUCUAAUCUUGAUGGUGCUGAGAAUAAUUAGAGCCUGAGUGAUUGAGUGAGAGA